AUGGGGCAGUCAAUGGGGAAGAUGAGGUCAAUGGGGCAGAUGAGGUCAAUGGGGCAGAUGAGGUCAAUGGGGCAGAUGAGGUCAAUUGUGCAGUCAAUGGGACAAUCAAUCUGGCGUCUUGGCUUGCCGGAGGAGGAAUUUUGUUUGUCAGCGGACUGCGUGGAGGCUGCCUCCCGUAUCAACAGUAUGAUCGACUACAAAGUUUCCCCCUGUGACAAUCUCUACCAGUUCGCCUGUGGAAAGUGGCUGAAAGAUUCCAUCAUACCCAGCGAUCAGGCUUCAAUUGGAACAUUUUACAGCCUGCUUGAACGUACACAGGUUAUUCUGAAAAAUUUAUUGGAAGAACCUUAUAGACCUACAGAAUUGCCUAGCAUGAAAAAAGCCAAAGAUUUGUUUGCUUCCUGCGUGAAUACAGAUUUAAACACUGCUAGAUCUGACCAGCCUCUGAGGGCAAUCAUAGAAACAGAGUUUGGCAGUUUUCCCAUCAUUAACGCUUCGUGGGUGGAAGAGAGUUUCGACUUUGAGCGCAUGAUACUGGCGAUGCAAAGACGAUAUUUGAGCGUCAUUUUCAGCGUCUACGUGGAUGAAGAUUAUAACAACACAGCUAUCAACAUGUUGAUGAUAGACCAGGCCGGUUUGGGAAUGACAAAGUCCUACUAUCUGAGAGAGAGGAACAGCCCAUUCAUCGUGGCCUAUGAGAACUAUCUGUACGGGAUGGGCUCCCUGCUGGGGUUUGCUGACGUCUCCAGUGCCAGGAGGGAUGUGGCGGAUGUUGUGGACUUUGAGAUUCAGUUGGCCAAAAUAUCGGUUCCAUCUGACAAACUUCGAUACUUUGACCAGUAUUACCACCCUACAACUCUGGGCCAGAUACAAGCCACAUAUGGACAGAUAAUGAACUGGACACAUUUCUUCCAAACUUUGCUGAGUGACCCUCACAUUGGUAUCACGGACAUUGACGAGAGUGAGAGGGUCAACAACUAUGUGCCAGCAUAUUUUGACAGGCUGGUGGGUGUGCUAAACCAGACGUCAAAACGGACCAUAGCAAACUACAUUUUGUUUAAAUUCAUGCUCUCUGUAAACAAGCUGAUGGGAGAGAAGUACCUGUCACUAUACUACGAUUACCAAAAAGUGAUGACAGGACUAGCCACUCGACCACCUGUCUUCAAAGGUUGUGUAUCAACGGUCAACAGCUUCAUUGGCAUGCCAUUGGCCAAAAUGUUUGUCAGGGAUUACUUUGAUGAUGAAAUGAAGGAAAUGCUUCUGACCAUGGGGAAAAAUAUUCAAAGCACAUUUCAAGACGUUCUCGAUGAAGCUGAUUGGAUGGAUGAACAAACUAGGCAACGUGCAAAAGAAAAAAACGACUUCAUUAAGUUUGUCAUUGGCUACCCAGAUGAGUUAAUGAACGACACGUUUAUUGAAAUGAAGUACAUGAACUUUACCUGCAAGAACUCGACCUACUCUGUAAAAUGUCCUAGUUUACCUACAAGAACAUGA